ACGGCAAACUUGAGAAAAAAAAAAAACUGACGUAAAAAAAUUGCCAUACAUUUGUACAACAUAUUUUUGCAUACGCCAAGGUGAAAGGAAACGAACUCGGAGAGGGUUAAAAGAAAAAUUGCAUUUUUUUGACCAUCUCGCGUGAACCACUAACACUAUACAUGGUGAAAGAAAAAACGACUUAUCAAAUACUUUAUGAGGUGAAUUCUUUUUCAAAGGAUCCGAUCCUCUUUUUAUAUUUCACUAUAUUUUUCUUCCACGCCUUCAAAAGAGUUGCCUCAUCAGAUUGUACGUACACGUUUUGGUAACUUACCUGCCCCAUGUUGCGCGAAGGAGGCUCCAUUUUUUUGCCCUUCCCGUUUUAGCAAAAUGCCAAAUUAGCAUUUAGCGGCGGGAGGUAUAUUAUACUUAUAUGUACGUUUCUACGUUGAGCUGUGCUCCAUUUUUAUGAUUUUUUUUAAAACCCCUUUUGUGACGCAGGAGGGGAGUUUCCUUUCAGUACACGUUUAGUUUAGCAAAAGCGGGGGAAAAGUAAACGCGUAUACGUAUGCAUGUAUAUGUGAACGGUUUAUACGUAUAUAUUUGAAGGUUUGGCCCUGCGAAUACGCGCGCGUAUGCCUCGGCCGCUGCCUCCCUCUGCGCUCCAAGUGUAACCGAGCUGCCCGAUCGUGCUCUCCAGGAGGGGCUAACUGGUGUUCCGACCGGCACAAUAGCUGUGUAGCGGUAUAGCCGCAUAGCAGCCUAUCCGUACAACCGCUUCCAGCAGAACAUGUCCGCCUUUAAACUAAUCGGAGUGGCGAACAACAGGACGUGGGGUCCUGACUCGAAGAACGAGGAGCUGGUGAACCAGUGCAUGGGGGAGUUGAAGAAGUACCAGUUUGAGCCGUCGAUGAAAUUCGAAAAAAUAGGAAAAAUCUGCGACUUCACGAGCAGCAGCUAUCAGAAGAACGUAAAGGAUGCGAACAAGAAUUCGAACGAAGGAAAUGCAUUUGAGGACGAGCUGCAGUUCCAAACAGUUGAUUUACGAGCAGGACAAAAGCAAAAGGGACCCAUGUACGGCAAGAAAAAAAUUAUGAACAAGCAAACCACACAAGCAUUUGCACAAAAACAGGAAGAAGAAAAUAACCUCUACAGUAGCAGAAUCAAAACAGCUGAGCAGAAGAAGCAAAAAUUACUGCAGCAAGCGAAAACAGCUCGAAUGAAUGCAAGGCAUAGGAUUUUCACCGAGUGGAGUAUCGAGCCCACCCCGGUAUGGACAGUCGAAUGCGAAGUUAUGUUUAACGAAUUGCCAAAGAAGCUAAUAAAAAUGGAAAACUUCCAAAUGCAAGAUAUUUACUUCAGAGGCAGAUUAUUAUACUACGAUAAAAAAUUUGAAAAUAUUAAUGUGAAGAGCCCCCCAGGACUGGUCAACCAAAGUAAGGACAGCAUCAACUUGGUGUGCAAGACUAUGGACGAUCAGUCCUUGAUGGAGAUUCUCCUGGACGAGGACAAAAAGAGCAAAGCAGCCGCAGCGGUAGCGGAAGAUGGAGUGAAUAGCAGCAACAUAAUUGUCGUUUCGACCGACCAGAUACUCUCCUGCCUCAUGUCAGCAGCGCAGUCCAAGUACUCAUGGCAUUUGUUAAUAACCAAAGAGGGGAACAAAAUUAUUAUAGACAAGGAUGAAGACUCCAUUGUAGAUUUACUAACCGUUAAUGAAAACUCGAUCGACGCUCCUACACAGGAUAAUGAAAAUAAAAUCAAUAGUUUGCAAGCUCUCGGAUUUGAAGCCAUAAAAAUUAAUCAGCGAUUUAGGAAACAAGUGCUUCUAAAAAAUGAACAGGCGGAGCAGUUUGAUAAUGCCUCCUUUACUGCCAAAAAUUGCAAAAAUUUUGAUGUCCUUUAUAGGUAUAGAAAAAUUCUUGUCCCCCCUAUAGUAAAUGGAUCUUCUAAAAAAAAAUGCACCCUCAUCACCAGGGGGGAGAUCCAUUCCAAACUGAAAGGAACGGCUAACUCGUAUGUCUACAUCUGUGCUCUUAACGAAUAUGAUAUUAAGAGCCAUAAAAACUGGAGGUCCCAAAUUGAAAACCAAAAGGGGGCUCUUCUCGCCAAUGAAAUUAGGAACAAUACUUCCAAAUUGCAAAAGUUUAUAUGCCAAGCUUUGAUUAGCGGUUGCGAAGACAUCAAGUUAGGAUUCAUUUCGAGGAAGAAUGCCAAUGAUGCGGAGAACCACCACAUCCUCUCCAUUCAGUCCCACAAGACCAAAGAUCUGUCAACGCAGAUUGGCUUGAAAUAUGAAAAUAUCUGGGGCAUCCUUAGAUACAUCGUUGACAUCAUUUCGGAGAAGCCCGAUGGAAAGUACGUCAUUUUGAAGGACCCCCUCAAGGCCCUCCUGCGACUCUACUGCACGCACGACGAUGAAAAUAACUAG